CUCCUCCUCCCAUACUCAUUGCACCUGCACUCUUCUGUUUCUCUUCUUCGUAGCUUUUCAUGGUUUCUAUCCAGGAACUGUCUUUUCUUCGCCAUGGUACUUUUCUUUUGAUACGUUCGUGGGUAUAACUAACGGUUUUCGUGUAAAAGAAAAUUUGGUUGUGUGAGAUACAGAAGGUCCAUGUUGAGGAGCAGAGUGGGAGGAGGCAUGAAUCUGCAGGUCAAUGGCCAAGCUAGCGUUCCACCAGGCUUUAGAUUUCAUCCAACAGAGGAGGAGCUCCUGCACUAUUACUUGAGGAAGAAGGUGAACUAUGAGAAGAUUGACUUGGAUGUCAUCAAAGAAGUUGAUCUCAACAAGCUUGAACCCUGGGAUCUUCAAGAGAAGUGUAGGAUUGGAUCCACGCCUCAGAGCGACUGGUAUUUCUUUAGCCACAAGGACAAGAAGUACCCGACGGGGACGAGAACCAACAGAGCAACCGCAGCAGGGUUUUGGAAGGCGACGGGGAGGGACAAGAUCAUCCACUCGAGCUCCAAACGCAUUGGCAUGAGGAAGACGCUGGUGUUCUACAGGGGCAGGGCGCCUCACGGCCAGAAGUCGGACUGGAUCAUGCACGAGUACCGCCUCGACGACAAUCUCGACUCGGCCUCUCCCGUCACAGUAACCGAGUCCAUACAGGAAGAAGGAUGGGUGGUGUGUAGAGUCUUCAAGAAGAAGAAUCACCAUUAUAAGAGGGAGGAAAGUCCAGUCGGGCCGGGGCCGCUGGCGACGAAAGUGACGGACUUGAAUUCCUGCCUCGACGGCACACUGGACCAAGUGCUGCUGUACAUGAGCCGCACAUGCAAGGAGGAUUCGCCGGAGAACAAAUUGAAGCAGCUGCACCAGUUUCAAGGCUUUCAAGCACUGGCACAGCUUCCCAACGAUGGCCCGCCGGAGCUUCGCUUGCCAUAUUUUUCCGACAUCGAAACCACCUCUUCCGCUCCGACCACGGCCGCAAACCUCUCCAGUAUUGCCGGAGACGGCCAUGACUGCACAGGGCUGAGGGCGACUGCGGCCGUGUAUACCGGGAACACGGAUCAUGUUCUUCACGACUGGACGUCUCUUGAUCGUUUCGUUGCUUCUCACCUCAAUGGUGAAGAAGAGACGUCGAGGCAACUGGCCUGCUUCAAUGGGCAGCCGACGUUCUUGUGCCAAGUGCCUGAACCCGACCUCCAUUUCCCUCCCCUCCUUCCGCAGAACAGUAGGCUGUUCGGCACCGCUACAAACGACUUGGAAAACGACAUUGACAAUUGGAGUUUGCCACGGUCAUCCACUGAUUCAGAAUUCUUGUCCUCCGGCAUUCUCUGAAUUCCAAAGCAUUUGUUGAUUGAAAAUGUGGAUGAGUCUCUUUGGCUUUUGAAAUAUGAAUGUUCAGUUUCUGUACGUGUAUUACGAACUCAGUUGAUGAGAUCGGGUAGCAUUUUCUGCUGUACUC